AUGGCAACUCGGCCCUUCCGUGGAGGAGGAGGAGAACGACCACCACGAGGGAAGGCUGGCUGCAAAACUGAGCAGAGAUCAGCUUCUUGGGCAUCUCCACACCUACAUCUUGGAGCAGGCGUACUAGCAAUGGGACUCCUCACAGCUGUGGCUGCAAGCUGCUACUUCCUGGUUUCUCCUUGGAGGACAGAGAAGGUGAAGAUGGAACAAAUGGACCUGCGGAAGGAUGGGUUCACCGUUCAAAGCCAGAAGGGGGAAGCGGUCCUCAGGGUGGCGUUUCAAUCCGGCACGCUCGACCUGGAGUCGUGCUCUAAGGAGGGGGACAUUUUAACCUGCACCAGGUCAGACACAGGGAAGCUCAACUUUUUCAUACAAACCGUCAAGCCCAAGGACACGGUGAUGUGCUACCGCGUCCGCUGGGAGGAGUUUGUGGCAGACACUGUGGUGGAACACAAAAUGUUCUGGGGGGACGCCCACUGGUAUGGGGGUUGUGAGACGAGUGUCCAGCACUGGCCGAUCCAGCUGCCGGGAUACCAAGAACCUAUGCCGUUCGUGACUAGUGAUGUGUAUUCUUUCAGGAACAGCUUUGGAGGAAUUUUGGAGAGGUACUGGGUCUCCUCCAAAGCAGCUGCCAUCAAGAUCAAUGACUCGGUGCCCUUUCACCUGGGGUUCAAUGCUUCUGAAAGGUCUCUCCUCUUCCAGGCCAGGUAUACAGACUCCCCCUAUAAGCCCCCCCUGGGACAGCAACCUUUCCCAGAGCUGAGUUACCGUGUCUGCGUAGGUUCAGAUAUCACGUCCACCCACAAGUACAUGGUGCGGAGAUAUUUCCACAAACCUUCUGAGAUACCUUCAGAAAACAUCUUCAGGUUUCCGAUCUGGUCCACGUGGGCUUUGUACAAAAAAGAGAUUGACCAGGAGAAACUUCUAGAAUUUGCAGAGACGAUUCAAAAGUACGGUUUUAAACAUAGCCACAUUGAAAUAGAUGACAUGUACGUGCAGAAUUACGGGGACUUUGACUUUGACCCUGUAAAGUUCCCCAAUGCUUUAGAAAUGUUUGAAAAGCUGAAGAAAGAGGGAUUUAACGUCACUUUGUGGAUACAUCCCUUCGUACAUGUAAAUUCCCUGAACUUUGAGGUAGGGAAAGUGAGUUGGCAUUUUGUGACAGCGCCAUCAGGGCAAGCUCUUGCCAUGGUCAAGUGGUGGAACGGCAUGGGCGCCAUCUUGGAUUUCACCCAACCUUCCGCCAGGGAAUGGUUUCUGGGCCAGCUGAGGCAGCUAUGCGCAAAGUAUGGUGUGGUGUCCUUCAAAUUUGAUGCUGGGGAGACAUGCUAUCUUCCGGAGGAGUUCACGACCUUCGAGCACUUGCCAGACCCCAACAUCUGGUCCAGACGUUAUGCAGAAGUCGCCAUUCCUUUUUACGCGUUUGCCGAAGUCCGUGUUGGUUACCGAUCCCAGCACGUCUCUUGUUUUGUCCGAAUCAUUGACCGGGAUUCGGUUUGGGGCCAUGAGCUUGGACUCAGGUCUGUGAUUCCCACGGUGUUGACCGCUGGCCUGUUGGGCUAUCCUUUCAUAUUGCCAGAUAUGAUCGGUGGAAACUUUCUUCCCAACAAGACGGAAGGUGCCGUGGGCCUCCCUGACCGGGACCUCUACCUCCGCUGGCUGGAGCUGUCAGCAUUUCUGCCAGCCAUGCAGUUCUCCAUCCCACCUUGGCUAUAUGACAGGGAAGUCACUGAAACUGCACAGAAGUUUACCAGGCUCCGUGAAUCCCUGGUGGCCCCCCUCUUGUUGGAGGCGGCCAAGGAAGCCGUUGCCAAUGGGGACCCUCUUAUAAGACCCAUCUGGUGGGCUUCUCCAGGUGAUGAGUUUGCCCACCAAAUCGACUCCCAGUUCCUCAUUGGGGAUGCGUUCAUGGUGGCCCCAGUCUUGGAGCCAGGCAUGCGAAAGAGAGACAUCUACCUCCCAGCAGGUAAAUGGAAGAGCUACAAAGGAGAACUCUUCACAAAGACUCCUGUCCUGCUUGAGGACUACCCAGUCGACUUGGACGAAGUUGCUUAUUUCUCCUUGGUUUCUUAA